AUUUAAUAUCAUUGCUGCUGUUAACUUUGUUUCAGUACAUCAGAAAGAGAACUACGAGAAAGAGAUCAAACAGGUGAUCAGAGAGAGAGUAAAAAAGAUGAGAAAUAGUAACCACUUGAUUGGAGUACUAAACUUCUUGACCUUCCUCCUCUCAAUACCAAUCCUAGGCGGCGGCAUAUGGCUGAGCACCAGGGCCAACAACACCGACUGCCUCAAGUUCCUCCAGUGGCCCUUGAUAAUAAUCGGGGUCGCCAUCAUGGUCGUCUCCCUAGCGGGAUUCGCCGGCGCGUGUUACCGCAACACUUUUCUGAUGUGGGUUUACCUCUUCGUCAUGUUCUUCGUCAUCGCCGCGCUUAUAGGGUUCGUAAUCUUUGCCUAUGCGGUCACCGGCAAAGGGUCUGGACGGCAGGUGCCCAACCGGGUGUACUCGGACUAUUAUCUGCAGGACUACACCGGCUGGCUGGAGAAGCGCGUAUCAGAUGAUAGCUACUGGGUCAAGAUCAGCUCUUGUAUAAGGGACUCCAAGGCUUGCAGCAAGAUGGGGAGGACUGUCGGGGGUCUGCCGGAACCUGCUGACACGUUUUAUCUCAGAAAGCUCAACCCUAUUGAGUCUGGUUGCUGCAAGCCCCCCACAGAAUGCGGCUAUGUGUAUGUGAAUGAGACGGAUUGGUCCCUUGGAGCAACCUCCAGUAGCAACCUUGACUGCAGCAAGUGGAACAAUGAUCAACAGCAGCUUUGCUACUCCUGCGACUCUUGCAAAGCCGGCGUGCUGGCAAGCCUGAAGAAGAGUUGGAGGAAGGUCUCGGUGAUUAACAUCGUCGUAUUAAUCAUCCUGGUAAUUGCUUAUGUCGUUGGCUGUGCGGCGUUUAGAAACAAUCGCCGGAUCGAUAACGAUGAACCCUACGGCGAGGCAAGGAUGACAAAGUCGCAACCUAGUAUGAUCCAGAUUUAACUUUUCAAGGAAGGAUGUAUUUUCAGGUUUUGGUAUUCAUUUAAGGUCUGGCUUGUUUAGUUGAAAGUUUGGUUGUAUAUGGUAAUGUUAUGGUUUUUCUUAUUUCAGUUA